AAAAAACUCAUAAUAAGGGUGGUGACGAUAUGAAUGAGCACGACAGUGGAGACGGAGAAGAUGUAAAGAAAAAUCACCGCAAUAACGGAAAAUACCACGGCCAUGGAGGACGUGAUGACGAUGAUAAUGGUGACGACAGUGACAUGAGAGACCACAGUGAAAAGUCACACGGUGAUGACGAUGAUAAUGGUGACGACAGUGACAUGAGAGACCACAGUGAAAAGUCACACGGUGACAUGAGAGACCACGGUGAAAAACCACACGGUGAGGCCGUUGAAAAUCGACACUCAAGUAGAGGAAGUGCUGAUUUCACUGGAUAUCGUAGGUUUUUGUGUGGUCUCUCUUUUUUCUGUCUCCAUUGAAUAUGAAAUUUCAACUCUCUUCAUUCCAUGUAUGCGCUGAUAUUCAUGAAAAUACAGAUAUUCAUUAUUCCAUUGUUGUGGCACACGAUAUACGUGUGCCUUUAGCAUUUUGCUUAUUUGUCGAUGGCAGUCAUUUUACUUGUAUUCCUAAGAAAAUAUUAAGCCAAAAUAAUUUCUAGACAAUCAAAUCGAUCACAUAUUUUCUAAUAACCCAGGAAAAAGAACAAUAGAGAGUAAAUAAAGAUAAGCUGAUGACUGACUGUAAGAUGACUACAAUCAGGGAGAAUAAAUAAAAAGUACCUUUUCAGACAAUUUGUAGAUGUCGAAAAUUUCUAUGCAAAAGCACAAUUUCUCUCAUUACCCUGAUGUUGAAAUAACUUCUUUUUAUGAAGAACUCCUUUGCCACAUAUUACGCCAAACCAAUACAAUCCAUGCCUUCUGUCAAAUGUAAUCAUUAGAGGAAAGAGCUUUUAGUUUGUUGCUAAGUUUGAAAGGAUUCGGGCUGUCGAUGACUCUACUCACAAUAAGCUAGUGUAAAUUUUACAGUGAUAAUACUUGACGACUACUGUGAAGAUUUUCUACCAGCGACCACGUUGGAUAUUUCACUACGUGACCUGUGUACACAGUGUUUAUACUUAUUGCAUUAUUGGGGAAUAAUACAUUACCACACAAUGUGAUUUUGGUUUCUGAAACAGACAUGGAAUGAUUGGUAAGUGAAUCUUCAUCUUGGUUUCUUGAUUUUUUAGACAUGUGACAUAACGUGCAAUGCAAUGUUCAAGAGGAGUAAAGCAAAGGUUAUCCUAAUUGAAACUGAGUCGAGUAUACGUACUUCAGUCAAAUACAGACUCCAUAAAAUACAGUUUUCUACAUCUCUCAAUAUAUACGUGUAUCUGUACUUGUAUCAUUUUUCUUGUAAAAACGUUGACUGAAAAACGUCGUUGAAUACCAAUGAAGUGAGCGGAAAACGAAACUGCUUUUCAUACUGAAAAAACUGUGCUUGUGGAUUUGAUCAUGUUGACGCUAAAUACACAACAAUAAUGAAAUCCAACGCUUCCGCGAACCUGGUCGUUAGUUUAGUAUGUGUUGUCUGAUGCCAGAUGAAUCAGGAUGCUUGAUGACUCUGUGAAAAAAUGUAGGCUAUGCACUUAGCGUUUUCAAGACUUGAUUGGCUUUCGAUUGAGAAAUAUUCGGAUGCUUUUAGACUUUUAUUUUCGUUUUCAUGUUAUUAUAAACAUUUAUUUAAAGUCAACUGUUAUAGUUGCUUUUAAAACCCAUUAGGUAUGGAACCUCUAUGCGCAGCCUAUACUGUAAUAUCACUGUACGCUUUAAGCUCAUCGAAAUUGAUAUGGCCACCAAUAGAUAAACUGCUUGUUAUCAUGUAAACAUAAUUUCUGAGCAGAAUUUCCAAUUCUUGUGAGACACCUUUCAAGACCUUCAUACAUAUGCAUUUUUAGACCUUGAGAAUGAUAUCAAUGUGAAGAGUAAUCGCUCACUUAACGCCUUCUCUUUUACAUGUAAUAUAUUGCAAACUGAUUCAAGAAAUGCAUUUUAUUCGAAACAUUUUCACUUUAGGAGAUGAAGAAUAUGAAAUGUUUUGUCUAACAACCAUUUUGAGUACUUGAGUAUUUAUGUCAUCGGUUUGCAGUGUUAUACUGCGUCGACGAAAGACAGGACAAUUAAACCCUUCUAUUCUCCUUCCUUAAUCGAUUGAAGCUUCCAGAGGUAAGAAGUGAUAUUUUUCAACUUUUAAAAAUUCAACAAUAGAGACACAGUUAAAGGAAACACCAUACCACUCUACAUAAAUGAGGGAGACACACAAAAUGGACACUGUGCUAACUUCUCUUCAUAUCUGUUGUCAAAAGAACGGUGUGAACCGAAUUCCUAAAUCAUUUGAUUAAAUACAAUUCUCGUACAUGAGAAAAGUCAAGAGAAGAUAACGUUUAUUAUCAAUUGUCAUUCUUUCCUAAACUCUCUUCCCACUGAAACUUUCCAUAUGUUACUUUUCGUGAUUCAUGCUUUGAGUUAUACUAAUAAGAGUUCCUGAGUAAUCCAUUUCACCACUUUGUUGAACUGACUCAUGGAACAUAGAGUUUCAGGCUUGUUUUCUGCUCAGUAUUCUCUCUUCUCCAGUUUUGGUGCAAAAUAAACAAGAAUAAGAAUUUUAUUGACUUGAGACUGAAAUCCACAACACCUGUGUCAUCACUGAGUAUUCUUAUCCCCAGCCACCGACGCAAAUCUGCAUUUUAAUAAUCCCAGUUUAACAGGGAAUUAUUAUGACCCCUCGGAAAUUCACUUCAAGAUUCUUUGCAUGUUAACUUCUGCGAGAGGUUUGAAUUACUC